GCCCUCUCCAACUCCUAUAAAUUCAAGCUCCUCUGUGCCUAAUUUCCAUGCACACAAAUUUUCUCAGCAAAACGAACUCAGACAAUUUAAUUUCACAGUAGUAAAUUAAGCCAAGAAAACUGCUAACAGUAGAAAUGGCUGCAACAGACAGAGACAUAAUUUAUUCAAUCUUGAAGUACCUGGGGAAGGUUGAUCUUGCAGAAACUGCUCGCACGCUGGAGCGUGAAUCUGGGAUGUUCUUUAAUGUGACGUAUUUCGAGGAGCUAGUGAUUAAUGGUUCUUUUGAUGAAGCUGAGGAAUAUAUUGGGGGCUUCACCACUGUUCAUGACAAUGCCUACUCCACCAAGACAAUCUUCGAGAUAAGAAAACAAAAAUUUCUGGAAGCCCUUGAGAAUGGUGAGCGAUCGGCUGCCCUGAACAUUGUGAUGGACGAAUUCAAGACCUUUGAACAGUAUAAUGCCAACUUGAUCCCCGAAUCCACCCAGCUCCUGACAUUGGACGACUUCAGGGGUUUAUAUAUGACGUUUCAAUUAGGAGCCAUGGAUCGCUGAGUGAAUAUGGAGAUAUGAAGAAAGCAAGAAGAACAAUGGUAACAGAGAUUAGGAGAUUCCUAGAAGAAAAUCCACUGCUGAAAGGGAAGUUGCUGUAUCCAGCUAUGAAUGCAGGGCCUCCGAUGCUCUUUAAGUUGGUUCAUAAUCAGAAUGCCGAUGCGGAUCCUGAUCAUAAGCUUCUUUAUGCAAAAGUUGAUCCAUUCCUCAGGAUCAAUUAAUUAGAUUAUAAACUUCCUGCUUUCUUUUUAAUUCCAUCGCUGCCUGCCCUUUUUCCAGGACAAGAUCAUCUAGAUCAUGUCCCUUUUUUCCUUUUUUUCUUUUUCUUUUGGUAUUUUCUUUGAGUUGGAAAUAAUACAUGAUAUGGACUUCAUUGUA